AUGUCGGCGUCGCGCACAGCGAGGCGGGGCGGCGCGCGGCAGGAGGAGAGCUCGAGCCGGGAUGCUGGGGGAGGCAGGGGGAGGCGGCGGGGAAGGGGCGCGCGAGGGCGCGGGCAAGGCCGAAGCAGCAGCAGCAGCAGCGCGCGGGGCGCUAGUAGGGGCGGUAGGAUGGACGAUGACGGUCCGGUGACCGCGGAGCAGAUACUGCUGGGGGGAAAGGCGCUGGGACUGGCGCUUUCGGGCAGAGGGGAGGAGGAGGAGGAGGAGGAGGACGAGGAGGAGGAGGAGGAGGAGGAAGAGGAGGAAGAGGAGGAGGAGGAAGAGGAGGAGGAGGAGGAGGAGGAGGAGAAGGAGGAGGAGGAGGAGGAGGAGGAUGAGGAGGAGGAGGAAGAGGAGGAGGAGGAAGAGGAGGAGGAAGAGGAGGAGGAGGAAGAGGAGGAGGAGGAGGAGGAGGAGGAGAGGAGGAGGGAGGAGAGGAGGAAGUAG